CUAAAACAGUAAAAAACCAAACAAAGUUUUUUUUUUUUUUUUGGUUUCCACAUCGAGCUUCCCUCUUUUCGAUUCGAUUAAAUCCCUCCCCAAACCCUACCAUUUUUUAUUUUCAUGGCGUAAAAUUCAAGUUCGAAUCUCUCGCCGUCUACAACAAAUACUCACUUCACACGCCGUUUCAACUGAAGAAUCACUCCUCAAAACCCUAGAAAAUGUCGGGCGGAUUUUUCCGGGGUACUUCGGCCGAUCAAGAUACUCGGUUCUCUAAUAAGCAGGCGAAGCUACUGAAAUCGCAGAAAUUUGCUCCCGAAUUGGAGCAUCUGGUUGAUAUGACAAAGGUUAAGAUGGAUGUUAUUAGACCUUGGAUUGCUACUAGGGUAACUGAGCUUCUUGGUUUUGAAGAUGAAGUUCUUAUUAACUUCAUUUACGGUCUUCUUGAUGGGAAGGAAGUUAAUGGCAAGCAAGUUCAGAUAUCCCUCACUGGAUUCAUGGAGAAGAAUACUGGGAAGUUUAUGAAAGAGCUUUGGUCUCUUCUACUUAGUGCACAAAGGAAUGCAAGUGGUGUUCCCCAACAGUUCUUGGAUGCCAAAGAAGAAGAAACUAGGAAGAAAAAGGCAGAGUCGGAUCGGAUUGCGAACGAGAUUCAGAAGAAAAAAGACAAGGAAAGUAGAGAAAAUGAACAAAAUAGAUUGGGGAAAAUGGACGAUGGGGAUGAAAUCAAGGCUGGUGAUACAGAGUUGGAUCCGUCCUCAAAGAAUAUGCUGCCAACAAAGGGUUCACGUGCACGCCCCGAGGAUGAGAGAGAUGCUGACCAAAGGAAUGGUGUUGGAAGGAAUAGAUCGCGUUCUCAAUCAGUCAGCAGAUCGUUUUCUAAUUCGAGAAGCUAUUCAGAUGGCAAACAGAAGUUUAGGAGUGUAUCUAGAUCACCUGAAUCACGGCGAUGCUCCGUUUCCUCUGAUAGGAUGCAUCCAUCUCCUAGAAGGCGAUCUUCAACUCCUCGAUCCAGGCAUUCACCUUCCUUCUCACGCUCUCCUGUAAGACGAAGACCAUCUUAUUACAGGCGAAGGUCUCCUGAAAGACGAAGACCAUCUUACUCUAGGCGUAGAUCUCAGUCUCGUUCUCCUUAUCGGCGCGGGUCACCUACACCUGUGCGCCGUAGAUCUCGUUCUCCUUAUCGGCGCAGGUCACCUACACCUGUGCACCGUAGAUCUCGUUCACCCAUCCGACGUUAUAGAUCACCAUCACCUAUUACACGUCGUAGAUCACCAUUGUCCAUUCGACGUCGCAGAUCACCAUCUCUUGUACGGCGUCGUAGGUCUCCCUCACCUAUGCUCCAUGGAUCUCGUUCCCCUGUGCGUCGCAGAUCUCCUUCACCUAUACGUCGUAAAUCCCCAUUGCCUGUGCGCCGUAGGUCUCCAUCACCUCUACGACGAAGAUCACCACCUCCCAUGCGACGUAGAUCACCUUCUCCUGUGCAACAGCGACACCGCAGAUCUUCAUCCCCACGGCGACGUAGAUCACCCCCUUCCAGCCGUAGGUCAGUAACUCCUUCCCGUGGUAAGUCUCCGUCACCUUAUCAAUCAAGUUCUAUGUCUCCUGUGCAACGUAGAUCUUCUUCACCAGUUAGGAGGUCUCCAAAGGGACAAAGAUCACCUUCUCUUUCUCAAGGAGGACAGCGAAUGCGUCGGAAUUUGUCUCCUGUGGGACAUAACCACUCUAGUAUGAGGUCCACACGUAUAGAUCGUAUGGAUCAGAGUGAUACAGAUGAUAAAGUGCCUGGUUUAUCACCACCCCUGAAUAAGUCUCCUCUCUCCAAAUCCCCAUCACAUGUGAGGCACCGAUCUGGAAGUGAAGAUAGGAGGUUGUCAAGUCCAUAUGGAAGUCCCCCGAGGCAGAGGAAGGCCCGAAUUGCUCGUGAUGAUAGCUUUAGUCCUGAACAGAAACCAAGAGAACUGAAAGGUCAUCGGGACGGUCAAGGAACGGGGAGAAGAAAUGAAACCAGUGAAAGCAGGCAUUCACCGCCGAUCAGUAGGCAAAGGGUUUCUCCUAGGAAGGUUCAUACUCCUGAACGAUUGGCAGGCAGUCGGUCUAUAGACUCUCGGAGUCGGCUUGAUAACGUUGAAUCGAGAAAGAAAGACCUUGAAACAAAGAGCAAAAGGUCUUCCGGAGAAGGUGUUCAUUCAGGAACUGAUCGACAGCGAUCACCAGCAAUAUCGGAGGACUCGUUUCAAGGUGAGAAGCAAAGUAGAUCACGCUUGAGAGAAGGAAAAAGAUCUGAUGAAAGAAGUUGUUCCCAUAAAAACACAAAGGACAGUGAUGAACACCACAAAGUAGAAACUUCACCUGUGUUGCUUGAAAAGGUUGAUUAUAGUAACCGUGGUUCUGAUUCAGAUUCCAAGGGAAGUGAUAAGCGCAGAACUAAGCACAAGGAUGGUAAGAGAAAGCAUAAACGGUCCGAGAGGCGUAAAGUCACUUCAGACGACGAUGAUUCUAGUUACGAUUCCGAAAUCGAUGACAGGAAAGAAGCUAAGAGGAGGAAAAAGGAAGAAAAGAGAUUAAGAAAGGAAGAAAAACGUAAACGUAGCGAGGAACGGCGUCGCAAAAGAGAAGCACGGCGUGCAGAGAAGCUCAAAACAAAACGUCACGACGAUGAUUCUAGUUCAGAUGGAGAGCAUGCAGGAACUGGAAAGUCUCGUCCAGGUGAUGACGAGGAGGCAGAAACUGAACAGAAGAAGCUUGAGAUCGAGUUGAGGAAGAAGGCUCUUGAAUCGCUCAAAGCAAAGAAGGGUAUCAGUCACUGAAUCUUUUCAUGUUUUGGACAGUAAUAUGUCAUUUUAUUGUUGUUAGGCAGAUACCAUUGGAGUUUCAUACCAGUUUUUCUGUUUCAAUUUGGAGUGAACUUUACAUUUAUGCAGAAUGUGGCUCAAGAUUAAUGGUGAUUUGACAUUUUGUUUA